AUGAAGGAUAUUACUAUAUUUGCUGGACCCGACUGUGUAGAGAUCAAAGCGAGCAAGUUGAUGUUAUACGCUCGAUCCACCUACUUUGACAGCAUGUUUCGUACUGAAAUGAAAGAAAAGGCAACAAACACUGUCAAAUUCUCAGUUGAGCCAGACAUUUGUCAAGAAGUCAUCUCUUAUAUCCACACUGAUGAAACACCAAAUAUUAUGAAUCCAGGAACAGCAGAGAAACUGUGGUAUGCAGCUCACAUGUAUGAGCUACCCGGCCUUCAAGCUCGCUGCGAGAAUGCUCUUGCAAUACAAAUCACAGAAGAAAAUGCUGCUCAUCUCUUGGCGUUUACGAGCUUGAGUGAAUACCGUGAGCCGCUUGAAGAGUUGAGGGAGUAUGUGCUUGAGUUUAUCACCAAAGGAAAUGGUAUUUGUAACAAGGUAAUAAUGAGUGAAGGUUGGUCUGAAAUCAAAUCAAACCCGGAUAUUCUACAUGAAGUUCUAGAACAACUAGCACGUGGUGGUUCACCUCCACCACGAAAGAAACGAAAGACAUGA